AAUAAUUUUGUCGGCCUUGUAACACUGUCAUUACCUACGGGCGCUUUCUCAGUCACACCCACCGAAAGUUAAACUCCUUCGCCUCAAUUAACCCACAUCCCAUUAAUCCUCAUCAAUCCAUUUCCCUUUCUCCACCCGUGGACCUCGGCUUCUUCACCUGUUGCAAGCUAUCUCCGGAUUGUCUCGCACUCUCCUGACCAAACCUCUUUGUCAUCUUCUGUCUAGCACUGUUUCACCCAUUGCCAAAACUCAGACAUCCGUGAUUAUCCAUCGCACUUACAGGAGACACCUCAAGAACUCGUACCCAAUAUCUAUAUGUGCUCAGGCGUUUCACACGUGCUCUAACACCUCCUAAAUUUCUGUCAUACGUGAGAGAUGGCAUAUCGAAACAAACAGCCGCGACAUUUGAAUUUUAGUGGAUUGUUGGCUAAACACCGAAUCGACAAUCCUAAUAUAAUACUAGAGAGCCAGCGUGGCGAGCACCACUCCCAAAGUGCAGCAGUCUACCCGCAACUCGGUGGUGGAGCAACAACCAACACUACUGAUACCGCUCCCAGUAACUUUGAGAGCAUUGCCGAAGACUUGUACCCCAAUAUCAUAGAGACCCCUGCAAUCAAGGAUGACCCUACAGCUACCGUCUUAUAUUCUACCCCAAAGCCAGCAGGAACACUCUCAGUAAACACCUCCUCAAGAAAUCUAGCACAGUCUAUCAUCUCAAGACGCACCAAGACUAAUCCACCAAGACAAUUUAGCGUCGACUCGAAUCACUCUUCAAUUCUCCUGUCUCACUCCCCUAGCUCAAUCGACCCGCCUUUUGCAGUCUGCCAAUCACCAACUUCGCAACGGCUAGCCUUCCCAGGGAACCCUAAGAGAGGCUACAGUACUGCUACCGUCAAAUUCGCCACACCCGAUCGUGACCUCGACUCGAAAACAAUUGGCCAUUCUCCCAGAGGCCUAAGGUCUAAACUUAGCUACAGUGAACACGAGAGCAAUCCUUUGAUUGAUCCUACGCCUUCUUUGAGUGGCUCCAGUCCAUCUAACUCACGGUCCUACCGCUCCAACCAUUCCUCACUCUCUACUCCAGCUUCCGACAUAAGACCUUCACUCUACUCGAUCUCACCUCAAAAUUACUGCAAGAAAAGUCCGACAUCUGACGCAGAUUCAGCCAUCAGCUCUCCAAUCUCAUACUUAGCUCAACGCCGUCCCAAUCUCUCAUCCAGCCAUUCUCAACAGCAGCUCGCCCAGUCCGUUUCGUCAGUCUCCACGGACCUAAGGCCUCCCACGGGCUCAAGUUCCCGCUCCUCCCUUUCACGCAACUCCAUUGAUCACAACCUUCAACUGGUCUCUCCAGGAUUGAACAGUCCGUGGCCUGUGCCCCCCUCAUCCGCACACACUCACGCCUCCUCUCCAUCCGGCUGGCCAAAAAAAUCGGCCACCUAUUAUCCGCUGCGCACUUGGUCAAACGCCCCAAGGCCACACCCAUCCAUCCUUGCCUCCGCACGCAGUCCCUCUUCAGCUCUUGCCUACCUUGAUCUCUCUCCUUCUCCAAUGCCUCUUGGAACGGACCAUUCCACAAUCAUUCUUCCAAACCCCAGCUUGGAGACCAGUAGCAGCCCCUCAGCGUCUGAUGAUGUUUCAUUUAUUCCAAACAAAGGCACCACCUUGGUCGGUUUUGAUCCCACUAGAACUCGGAUUCGUCCAGCAAGCUUGAUUAGCCACCGAAGCACUGCCAGCAGAGAAACGUUUUACGAAGAUGCCCCUGACAAGGCAGAAUGGAUGGAAAUUGACAGUGGGGAUGCAUAUGAUGAUCUUGAAAAAACCGAGGAUACGGUCAGGAAAAUCAGCCAGAGGUUAUCCUUGAUGAAUGGUAUUGAUGCAGUCAGCCAUGCUGCCAAGGCCAAAUCUCGAUACCACGCAAGGUCUGAGAACGGGAAAUCCCAGGACUCGGCCAUCUCAAUUCACCCGUUUUCAGGCCCACGCUCAAGUUACUCUCCGAGCAAACAGCUACACCGGUGCACAUCACCUCAAUCCACCGAACACACUCUCAUUUCUUCAAAUCGAGAUUCCUCCAGCAGCUCGAAGACUACAUCAUCAUCAUCAAGGUCACUCCACGACCUUGACCCUAAUCUAUCUCGCUCAAGUAUGAGCAUGGAUCGGGCCUCUUCAGCUGGCGUCCCACUCUUCACACGCACCAGCUUUUCCCGUGAGGAUAGAGAGGAGGAGAGGCCGGCUUCAAGACUUCGGCGGCUCGAUGACGAAGAACUGGCCGCGAUCCCGGAAGCGCCUGACUUGGAAUCCGCCGAGCCUUAUGGCUUUAGAAUGACCCGCUCUCCCACAAGCAUGGACGGUGGUAACCGACGGCGUCUCAAGCCCCUCAUCCUGAGAAGUACUACCUCCAACACCAGCAGCGCUAGAACCCGAACCUCUCUACUAGAUCCCCCAGGAAGAAAUUCACAAUCUUCAGGAUCUUUCAGUCCACCUCAGCCCACCUAUGAGGCCAAUUCAUUGCUGACUGCACAUGGCGAUCCUUGGGGCUCUAGUCAGAAAAGUAGCGAUGAUGUCACCUUGAAGGAUUCAGACGUCCUAACAGACAAGCAGACUGUCACGGAGCCCCAAGGGCUGUCUCUUCCACGGCGGAUAGAGAUUCAGAGUGCAUCUACUGAUGUGGAUUUGAAUGAUCAUAAACAAUCCACCAACGCGUCUCAGAAAAGGGUCGAGCUCAUGACUCCAAUUUCCAGAGAAGCUGGUGACCCAGCGGCGAGUCCAGAAAUCAAACUAUUGAACCAGGUUGAGAUGGGCAGUAAACUCAGCCUGAUGGUCCAGAAACAACCAUCUUCCAACACGAUGAACAAAGAAUCUAUGGUAACGCUGAAUAUCGAAGACAGUGCACCAAUCCCAUCCGAACUCCACAAGAGUCUGCCUGAUGCAGAGGCUGCAGAAGACUCAUUUGCCCGGAAGAAUUCUCUGAAGAGUCUCAACCCUAUCAACACCCAAAUGCUAACGUCUGGUCGGAGGCGGGUGACUUCACACCAUUCCGUCCAGACAGGCACAUGUGAAGACAUUACCCUCGUCAACUCGCCAGCGAAACUCGACAGUUCGCCGACGUUCAGGAGCGACCAUCCGAUCAGCUACCGCAAGCGGUGUAUCUCGAACCUAUGCAUGCCGAAGCCCUCUCCACGAAGCAUGGACAGGGGGAUCUCUGCGGCCUCCUACUCCGCUGCAAAGCUAGCCGAACGGAAGCACUCCCAUUCGUCGGUUUCUUCGGGCCCAAAGACGCCCGAUACGCUGAUCAUCACGGGCCCACAGGUCCCGAGCCAGCAGCCGCUGAUAGCUGGCCCCAGUCCAGAACCCGGCAGCCCCUAUCAAGCCAAGGAGUUCCCUGGACUGACCGAAGCAAAGCUUACCCCGCCGUCUCGGAAGAGCAGACUGUUCCUGUCUCUCACGCGCAUGCAAGCCCGGGACGCCAAGCUGCUCGACUUGACCACCAUCCGCAACCACAACGUCCACUCUUCUGAGGACUGUAGCGCCCUCAACCAAGCUCAGGAACAGCAGGCUCGACUGAUCAAAGGCAAACUUAAACGAAUCUCAAGGCCUACACCGCUGCAUGGCGAAGACGAACGGCUGGCCCUCUGGGGCAUGAUCUCAAAUGCGAAAAUCUCGCCAAAUUCGCAUAAAUAACUUCCCAUCGCUAUCCGCUCUUCGUCUCAAUCACUCCUCUUUUUUAAAUUCUUUCCUCAGCUUUCGCUUCUUUCGUCUGUCAAAUAUUUCUCAAGCUCUUCACCUUCCCGCAAUAACAUCGUUCUUCGUCUUUAAAAUCCCCCCUAUGCUUCUCUUUAAAUAUAUAAUGUAUGUCUUUCUUCUUCUUUGUUUUUUCUCUCGUAUAGGCAAUUGGGUUCUUUUGAUGUGUAUGCUCUCUCUCUCUCUCUCUCUGAUUAUAACGCACUUACCUCACAUCACAAAAAGCCAUCUACAUAAUUGUAUUUCAAGUUUUUUUUUUUCCCUUUAUCAUUAUACUCCUGGGUUCUAUUAUUCCGCUGUUGCAAUUGUCCAAGGCUUGCAAAGUUGUUUCUUCAUUACCAAUGCCAUGCUCGCUGGGUUCCCAACUCAAGCUAUACAAGCUGAUAUCUCGUCAGUCCUUUCAAUCGCUACUACACACACACAGACUUUUUAUUCUUCAGGUGUCUAUUUGUUUCAUUUCUUUCUUUCUUUUGCAAUCAAAAUUACUACGAGAUUCAUGAUGGCUGUGAUUGUUUUUAGAAGAUUGAGAACAGAGGCGACACAUACAUAGUCAAACGGAUGCUGCAAGACUU